AUCAAGUGACUCGGCGAGAGCGCAAGGAAUUCGCAUCGGAAGGAAUUGUAGUGAAGAAAUAGCCCAAUUUUCCGUGCUGAAUCAGCUGAAAAGUGACAAAAGGCGCUGCACGACGUCAAUAGUGAGUGGGUGAUGGUGAAAAGUCCACAAAUUAACACGUGAAACAGUGCGUUUUCUGCACAUAAGAUGAUCAACUGGAAGUGAUGGAGUGAGAAAAGAGGCUCGCGUGAAUCUUCUGUGAUAAAAGAAGCGAAAGAGUGUGAAUUUAUUUUUAAUUCAACAUCAGCAGAACCCGCACAAUCACUCUGGAAACGUAAAACUCAUCAUAUUAUCUAUCUCUAAGCGCAUAUCAAUUGGCAGAAAUGAUGUUCUCACAGUUCACGAAGUCUCUGCGCGCCACUUUUAUUGUUCUUGUGGUGUUUUUGAUAAAUGUCGCCCGUCCGGAAGUCUUCACGGCGCUGGUGGAAAUGGAGGAGUUGCUGGAGACAGAAGCUGUGCUCAUCACCAACUUGGGGGAGUACAUCAAGGCGCAGGAGGAGAAACUACAGUUCCUGAAGAAGAAAGCGGCGGAAUACCAAAGUGAGCACAACGAAGCGGCGGCAGACAUCUCUGGAUACCUCACAAAUCCGAUAAAUGCCUUUCUGCUCACCAAGAGACUCACGACAGAUUGGAAGGAGGUGGAGAAUGUGAUGCUGUUCGACGUGGGAUCCAUCUACCUGGAGAACGUGACCAACUACAGGAACCUCCUGAAGUUCCCCACGGACGAGGACCUCAAUGGCGCCGCCGUGGCGCUCAUGCGGCUCCAGGACACGUACAAGCUCGACACGGCGAGUGUGGCGCGCGGAGAGCUGAAUGGGAUCCAAUACACGUCGGAGAUGUCCGUGGGUGACUGCUUCGAGCUGGGGCGCCAGUCCUACAUCAACGGGGAUCACUAUCACACGGUGCUCUGGAUGCGAGAGGCCAUGGAUCGUCUGCUGCGGAGCGAGAGCAACACAACGACCACUAAGGCUGACAUUUUGGAGUACUUGGCCUUCUCCACGUACAAGCAAGGCAAUGUCGAUUCGGCCCUCGUGAUGACGAACGAGCUGCUGGAACUCAACCCAGAUCACGCGAGGGCGAUGGGCAACAAGCAGUACUACGAGAAGGAGUUGGCAAAGCAGAAGAUGGAUCGCAAGCUGCGCGGCGAUGAUGGUUCUGUAGACUUGGACAUGGACUUUGAGCAGGUUCGCACGGUGAGUGAUCCGUCGAAAUUCGAUCUGCCGGAGCGUCGGCUGUACGAGAUGCUCUGCCGAGGCGAUAUAAAACCAUCUCCCAUCCAAUUGGCACCGCUGAGGUGUCGCUAUGCAACUAAUAACAGCGCUUUCCUGCGAAUUGCGCCACUGAAAUUGGAGGAAGCCAGCCGCUCGCCGUUCAUUGCCAUCUACCACGAUGUGAUGUCGGAUGAGGAAAUUGAAGUGGUGAAGAAGCUGGCAAAACCACGGUUUCGCCGGGCGACGGUGCAGAAUCACAAGACUGGCGAACUCGAGGUUGCUCACUAUCGCAUUAGCAAAUCGGCGUGGCUCAAAGAUGAGGAUCAUGAGUUCGUGAAGCGCAUCGGCCGCAGAGUUGCCGACAUGACGGGAUUGUCUGUGGAGACGGCCGAGGAGCUGCAGGUGGUCAACUACGGCAUUGGCGGCCACUAUGAGCCCCACUUUGACUUCGCGCGGAAAGACGAGACGAACGCGUUCAAGAGCUUGGGCACGGGAAAUCGCAUUGCAACAGUAUUAUUCUACAUGAGCGACGUUCCCCAGGGCGGCGCCACGGUCUUCCCUUCCAUCCGGACGGCGCUGUGGCCGAAGAAGGGCACGGCGGCCUUCUGGUUCAACCUCUUCGCUUCCGGCGAGGGCGACUACCAGACCCGCCACGCUGCGUGUCCCGUGCUGGCGGGCAGCAAGUGGGUGAGUAACAAAUGGCUGCACGAGCGAGGACAGGAGCUCCACCGACCCUGCAAACUGCGCCCAGAUCAUCCACCGGCGUAUUAGACGCCCCAACGCCCACGCCGCCAGUUCUAUUUUCGACUGGUUUUAGGAUGAAGUGUAAAUACGCCAAUGUGCAAAAAAAGAGAUACGAAAGCUAAUAAUAGGCAAGAAUGAACAGUGACUCGCUAAAUCAAUUUUUACCAAAAAGUUUAGUCAUAUGAUUUCUAUCUAAUCAAAUCUCUCUCUCGCGACCCAGAAUCAUAUUAUAUAUAUCUCUAUAUUGUCCAAAAUGUGGUGUAGAAAACUUUUGCAAUAACGGGCAAACGCGCACACACACACAAAUAAUAUCUCUCGAACAAGUUAAAUGUACAAAAAUGUGUUUUCUUUUGUAAUAAAACAAAUUUGCUCAAC